CAGGUUCAGUUAUAUGAAGUGAUACUCCUGUGUCUGGAUGGACACCCCUGUGUUAGAUCUUUGCCUUUCCUCAUUCCUGGUAGACUGUUUGCAGUUGUGCUGCUCCCACAGCUUUACAGAGCUGCAGGGAUCACAUGUCCCAUCACUGGGUGAUGCCAAAUCCAGUCGGGUUACUCAGCGUCACCAGAAGAAACAUUUCAGUAGAGAAUUUCUGUGGAGAAUGUAUGCAGCAGGAUCGCAAAAAUGAGAGUCUUAUUUUAAUUCAUUUUUAAAAGCUCAUCUCAUGUCAACUAUCCCGAGGACUGUAAUGUUUGCUCGCAACGCCACAUUUCACUUUUGUGUGUCUCACACUUCUAAAGUAGAUGAAGGAGAACACGACUCCACUCUAUCACCCCAGUGCAAAAACUCUUCUAGAGGCAAACCACAGUGCAAGAAACACAGAGAAACAACACCCCAAGAAGAAAAUGUGAAGACAUUGAGAACUCACUCAGUUACAAUCCCUUCCUUACAAGACAGACACCCACUUACUGUAGAGAGUACAGAGACGGCACAUUCUGUGUGUUUUAACAAUUCUGUAACCCAGGGCAACUUGAAGACCUUGCCUCAUUCUAUUAAAGGUGGGAAAAGUUCCUGUCAAUUAGACGCUCCUGAAACUCACAAGGGAAAUCUCACAGGAGGGACUACGUUUUCCUGGGCUGAUUGUGGGAAGAGUUUCAAUUAUAUAUCACUGCUUAAAAGACACCAGCGCGUUCACACAGGAGAGAAACCUUCUCACAUACAGACCAGUGAUAAGAGUUUCACACAGUUAGGAAAUCUUCAUUCACACCAGCGCAUUCACAUAGGAGAGAAACCUUAUCACUGUACUGAGUGUGGGAAGAGAUUAAGUAACUUAGGAAACCUUAAAAUCCACCAGCGCAUUCACACAGGAGAGAAACCUUAUCACUGUUCUGAGUGUGGGAAGAUAUUCAGUGACUUAGGGUCCCUUAAAAGGCACCAGCGCAAUCACACAGGAGAGAAAUGUUAUCACUGUGCUGUUUGUGGGAAGAGAUUCAGUGACUUAGGAUCCCUUAAAAGGCACCAGCGCAUUCACACAGGAGAGAAACCUUAUCACUGUGCUGUUUGUGGGAAGAGAUUCAGUCAGUUAGGAAACCUUAAAAGACACCAUAACAUUCACACAUAUGUGUAAUCCUAUCCCUGCACUUAGUGUGAAGAAGUUAAGUCAGUUGCAGGCUCUUACAGGACUUGAGAACAUUCUCAGAAAUGCAGACACUUGGGGACACCUAAACAACAGGAGUGCAUUUAACUAAAUACAGAAAUAUUUACUGAAAACAAAAGAAUAAACUUGCUUGAUAAAUAGGGUCACCCCUAAUCACAAUCUGUUCAGAUCAAAAACUCACAAAAAUCUGUGUUCAUCAUGUUGUUGAGCAUUUUG